AUGUCAGAAAAAAAGGAAACUGAAAAUAAAAAAAAAAAAUUACAACAUAUUCCAUCUGUAUCAAUAGAGUAUAACCAGCAUAUAGGUCAAUUGCCAAGAGAAACCAAGUCAAUCGAUGGAAAUCUUAAGCCAGUGUUUAAGGCACUGUGGAUAGCUAAUUUGUUGAUCAAGAAUGCGAUGGACAGUAUUGCAGCCAGAGAAGCAAAACAUGACAAAAAAAGUGGUCAUAAGGAUUCAACUCUUAAAGAUCUUUAUAAAACCGUCUGGAAACUCAAUUUGUUGAUCAAGAAUAUGAAGGACAGUAUUGCAGUCAGUGUAGCAAAACAUGAUGGCAAAAUAAAUGGUCAUAUGGAUUCAAAUCUUAAAGAUCUUUAUAAAACCAUCUGGAAACUCAACUCUCUAUUAGAUGACCAGUUGCACUUCCAAACAUGA